CCCCACUUUUCCCCCAUUCGAAGAUCAUGUGCCAAUGCCACGUAUUUCUAACCUAACCAUCCUAAGGGCCUACCAGCAGAAUCCACUCCUUCCGUUAUUACUCCGAGAAUGUCGAUCGCAUGACUCUGCAAAGAAUGAACUUCGCUGGCUCCAGGAGAGGGCUAGUCGCUCGAUUUCGUCCAAACAGGUUGCGCGGUCUACGCUUGCCCCCUUGGGAUGGAGAAGGCUCCUUAGAUCAAUGUGCCAUGCUCGAUCGAAAGGAAUGCCCCUACAGUAUAUCCUAGGCGAUCAGCCCUUCGGCGAGCUCGACAUUCUGUGUGAAAAGGAUGUGCUGAUUCCAAGAGCAGAAACGGAGGCAUUCACUAUACAAGCUGUCAAAUUGAUCUUGAACAGCAUUCAGAGGCAUGGGCGUCGUGAAAUUGGUCAACAUCAACGUUCUUUCCGUAUAGUUGAUCUCUGUACAGGUAGUGGCUGCAUAGCGCUACUCUUGCAUGCGCUCCUUGCCCCUCAUAUUGAUCAGCUUUCAAUACUCGGGGUUGAUCUUAGCCCUGUAGCUAUUGCACUAGCCAACAAGAACCUUGCACACAAUGUUCAACAAGGUCUGCUUUCUAAUCGUGCUGCAAAUGAGGUUUCUUUCCAGCGCGGUAACGUUCUCCCCCAUGACAGUAGUGGACUCCCUUCGGCAAGGGAAGUGCUGUGCAAUUACCAAGGGCUUCCCUCUGAUAUGGAGCCAGAAUGUGACGUGCUCAUCUCAAACCCGCCAUAUAUAUCUCCUGAAUCAUUUCGAAACGGUACUACCUCACGUAGUGUCCGGGUUUUUGAACCAAAGCUUGCAUUGGUUCCUCCGCCCAAAGCCUCUAUUAUCGGACCAGGGCUUGACAGACAGGAGGACCUUUUCUACUAUCACAUUAUUUUGCUAUCGUUUCAGGUUCGUACGAAGCUUUUGGUGCUUGAGUGCGGCGACCGCUCACAAGCUACGCGGGUAGCUGCUAUUGUCAAAACAUUGUCCAGCGGCUAUCGGCUGAAUGCCCUGUCCAUCGAGGUCUGGUCUAGUUCUGGCACAUUUAUUAGUGACGAAACACCCCCCGAGUAUGGGCCCUGUGCAGUUGUUGUGACAGCCAUUCAAUGAAUGAUUAUAUUGGUGCUAUAUAUCUAAGUAAAUAUAAUUUUUUUAAAAUCUAUAUAUAUAAUUGUCUAUAUUUUAUAUUUCUGUUGUAUUUUUUAUUUAGUAUUUAUUCUUUUAUUUAUGCUUUAUAUUUAUUUUUUUACUUUAUAUUUUAUACGUUUUUGUUUUUAUUUUUUACUCUAUACUUUCUUUAUAUUGCUUUUUUACUUAUAUUUAUAGUCAUUUUUUAGUUAACUUUUAUUAUAUUGUCA